GCACGAACCGUAGUGCCCUGCUUGCUUUUGAUAUCCGGUUUCGGUUGCGAGAAAAAUGAACAGGUAUGGCAGGUCACCACCGAGGAUCGAUGGCAUGGUGUCAUUAAAAGUCGACAAUUUAGCUUACAGAACAACUAUUGAUGACCUGCGGAGGGUAUUUAGCCGGUUUGGUGAAGUUGGCGAUAUUUACAUCCCAAGGGAUCCUUAUACGUUUGAAAGCCGUGGCUUCGCAUUUGUUCGUUACUGCACGGACAGGGAAGCAGAUUGUGCUAUUCGUGGUAUGGAUGGGCACAAAGUAGAUGGGCGGGAAGUACGCGUUCAAAGAGCAAAGUACGGCCGACCAACUCCAAAUCGUCGCAGGUAAACUGUUUUCCCACAGCACUUAUGUGGAUAUUUGGUGUAACCUCACGAUUGUACUGUAUGCAAUGAAUGCGUGUAUGUAAGAACCUAGGCCAUAGCACUGAUAAAAGUAUUUAAAAGAAUAAGAAACGUUCACAAAAUGCCUUAUAAGCAGUAACGAGAGACAACUCGGUUAACUUAUGUCCACGCAAAACAACAAUGCCUGCUAACACUGACGUGUGUGCGUAGUGUUUUUUGCUACUACAGGUGAUUGAAUGAUAUGUUCAUUGUGGCAAUCUGACUUGUGCUAAUGUUUGUUUUCCGGAUGGCUGGCUGAUUGUUGGUGCGUUGUCACGCCUAUUGUGUACGUGUCCAUUAGUGUGUAUCCCUGUCGGUGAGAUGUUGUUGUUGGUAGUAUUGCUGAGAAUUGUCUGCAAUAGCACAGACAUGCUCACUCUCUUGACCUCUUGGUCUCCUGUCGACUGACACUAUUCUUGUCUGUCUCAGUGUGCUUGUAUCUUUGUUAUCUUGCGUUGUUGUGAAGUGUGAGAACUCGAACUGAGAGACUUUUGUGUUUUUUUCUGCCAUGCCAUGCCAUUAUUAUUAUUAUUAUUAUUAUUACUAUUAUUUGUCCCUUGGGUUCCUAGUGGAACGUAGGGCUUCAGUAGCACGUCUGCAGUGCACUCUAUUCUCUGCAAACUUCCGAACCUGGCUCCACGAGGGCCCAGAAGCUCUCAUUUCUUCCUCUCAUGAUCUCCUCCAUGUCAGUCUCGGACGGCCAACUCGUUGUUUCCUAUCUGAGUUCCACUCGAGGGCCUGGCGCGUGGUGUCCCCAAUCGGCCUUCUCAAUGUAUGUCCAAUUCAUCUCCACUUCCUUUUGCAUGUAUGUUGAGUGAUAGGUUCUUGGUUGGUUCGUUGCCAGAGUUCCUUGUUGCUUAUUCUUUCUGGCCAUCUGAGCUUGAGUAACGUGCGUAGGCAGUUGUUGAUGAAUGAACUAUAUACGAGUUUUGUUCACAUUGAGUUAUUCUGCAAGUGGAUGGUUUCCGCUAGAAAACUUUUUAAUGUCAUGUUACACAUAGUAUAUAGGUCGUGUAGGCUGCUUGGAACGGCCCCCAGUUAUAAACUCCAGCAGAAGGGAAACAGUUCUCCAAUUCAUGCGAGUCAAUAUGCAAGCCUAAAUCUAAACUGUCCUGUGGAAUAAGUUACCUGAAACUUACUACGAGGAAUCUUUCUAACCGUGCGAAGAAAUACUUGGCAGUUAGACUGCGAAGUGUGAAUACCAUGUUGUAGAUGUUGAUUAGUAAGUGUGAGGCUUGAUUGUUGGGGAUUUGUGGAGCACAUGAGUGAGAGCACAUGAAUGAAUGAUGGGAGAGGAAUGCAGAAGUACGAAUAGAUUGUGUACCGAGUGAGUAUGAUGGGGACUGGUGGUUGUGUUUUUGCAGUCAGUCUUUGUUGUGGCGAAGGUUGUAUGCAGGGAAGACGGUGAGGGUAUGCGAUAGGAUGUGGUGAAUUUGGUUGUUGAUGUGCUACGCUUUUUGUGAGAGGUUGGGAUUUAGCGUGAGUAGGUGACAGGGUGAAUACGUGGGUGAGAAUGUUGGAUAUGAUGCGAUUGUUGGUGAGAAAUUUCAUGGUGUAUUUCGACCGAGACACAUGUGCAUCUGUUCUGGAUUGUCGAGGGACGUGGUUGAAUUUCUUGUGAGUGAGUGGAUAUUUGGUAGAGAUGUAGCCUUUGUCAGUUUGUGGGUGAGUGGGCUAGUCAGUAGGUUUUUGAGAAUUGUAUCAGAUAUGUUUGUCUAUCUCUGCAGGAUGUGUUCGUGGGUGGUUGGUGUAGUGCAUCUGACGAGGACUGGUUGACAAGUCUAGUGUCUUAAGGAUGCAAUAUUGAAGUGAGUAAUCACUGGCGGUAUGCGAUGCAUCCCGUUAAGAUUGCGCUUACAAGUUGGCAUUGAGUGUAUACUUCCUGUGCAUUCCGCUAGAGCCUGACUGUGAUCAGGUGUAUUUGGGAUGCGAUAUUCGGAGAGAGUUAUUCGAUUGGCAACACUACUGCCGAUUAUAUGAAUACUUCUAACAUUAUUGUGAGCUUUGAGUGUUGAUUCUAAUGCAUUCUCAUAGUGCCAGGACGUUGUUUUGGUCUCCUAGAAAUGCUAUAUUGAAGAAGGCGAUCGCUAGUGGCAUUUGCAUGCCUUUAGUAUCGCCUGUACACUGUUAUUCUUAGUGUUUUUGUUCACCUGACUUGACAGCCAGUGUUGGACAGAGUUGUUGUUGUUGCUUAACUAACGGGUGGUGUGUGUGUGUGUGUGGUGUGGUGUGUGAGAGGUUGAUAUUGGUGUUGUGCUAUGUUAUUUCUCCGUUAUUUUCAGAUUUCUGUUUAUGACACGAUGUUGUGGAAAGGGUUGUAUGGUGUGGAUGUUUGUUCUUAUGAGAUGUGCGAUGAUGUAUCUGAGUUUCAUUAGUUUAAUGCAGACAUGUCUAUUGAAGAACAUAAGCUUAUAGAGUGGGAGAGGAAGAGAUAGGUGUGUGGUUGAGUUUUUGUAUCGUUUGAGAGUAGGAUUUUUUGUGAGUGUUUGGAUUUUGGUGAUACAGUGAAUACGAUGAUAGUUGCUUAAGGAGUUUUCAGUGUUUCCUAUCUUAAGUUAUCCAAGAUAGGAAAGUAGUAGUCUGUUAUUUCUGGACUAUCUGAGCGAUGGUGUUUUUGAAGUCAGAUAGGUAUGGUGUGGUGAUGUUGAUUGUGAACGUGGUGGUGUAUUCUGUGUUGAUUGUGUUGUUUGUGCCUUAGUUGUUAAUUGAUGUAGACAUGACUGGCGUGUUUGUGGUUUUGUGUUUCGAUUUAUUUUGACCUAUCUACUGUGUGUAAUUGGUAUCGCUUGCAUGCAAUAACUCUUUAGAUGCAUUCUCGCCAAUGAGUACGUUUUUAACUUUUCAGACGAUCGGUUACUCCACGACGGAAUGGACGGCGUUCUCGUUCUUUCUCGUCGGGUCGUGACAGGCGGUCACCACGUAGAAUGAACGAUCGAUAUCGUCUUCCCUCCUCUCCUCGCCACUUUAGUCGGUCAUUGUCAAGAGAACGUCGUUAACUGCUGCUUGUUUGAAUUGAUCAUUGUUUUUAUCGGUUUAUACAUAUAUACAUCAUGAACUUAUAAUUU